CGAGCGCUAUUUAGUAUUUUGAAAUCAUCAAAUCCCCUAUCCAUUGACCAAAAAAUAUCUUCUCUCCACUUGAAAAUGAAACUUUUGCCCAUUUGCACUUGGCUCCUUUGCCUUUUGCUUUUUAUCGUGUGCUUGGGAUCUGAGUGUGGGACUCCACGGCGAAUUGCAAGGUCUAAAAGAGACUUGGUACGCAUCAGGGAAGCCAGAAGUACCUUCCCAGGACCUUGUGCCACACGCCUGCCUCGGGGCAAACGCUCACUUCCCGGGAUAGAUCGGCGCUCCCCUCGCCUGUCACAGGCGGGGGAAAGCAGCCCAGGUCGGCGGAGGGCUGUUUACUUUACCGGUCGAGGAGACCAACUGCGUCUGAAACCCAAUGCAGAGGUGCCAAGGGGUAAUUUCACCCUGGAAAUGUGGAUAAAACCUGAGGGUGGGCAGCGCUCUCCAGCUGUUAUCGGAGGUCUCUUUGAUAAAUGCUUUUACGCAUCCAGUGAUAGAGGGUGGUUACUUGGCAUCAAAGCAGUCAGCGACCAAGCCAACCGUGACCCUCGCUUCUUCUUCUCCCUCAAAACAGACCGAGCCCACAAGCUCACCACGAUCACCUCCAAUGCACCCUACACUCCCAAUCAAUGGUCACACGUGGCAGUCACCUACAACGGUCUCUUUAUGAAGCUGUACAUAAAUGGAGCGCAGGUUGCUGUAAGCCGAGACCAAUCUGGUGAGAUUUUCAGCCCACUUACCAAGAAGUGCAAGGUGCUAAUGAUCGGUGGCAACGCCUUAAAUCACAACUACAGGGGUAUGAUGGAACACUUGAGCUUGUGGCAUCGGGCUCUGAGCCAGCGUGAGAUCAUUAGAUCCAUGGGUCACAGUUUGGGUCAGUUUGGUGACCUCUCUCAGCUAGUCAUUCAUGAGAACUUUGAGAACAUGUCAAGACGGUGGCUGACGGUGAAAGAUGGGAGCUUCCCCUGGUUGGAGGACUCAGACAGGAACUUGGUGGCUAUCCUCAGUGAUGCUGCACUGAAACCUCCACCUUGCGGACAGACUGUAUGCGACAAUGUGGAGGUAAUUACAAACUAUUACCAGCUCUGGAGCUUCCGCAAACCCAAGACGGUGCGCUAUCGAGUGAUAAACGUUUACGACGAUGACGGACGGUGGCCGACGAUUACAGACCACCAGAUCAACCUUCAGCACCAGCACUUGAACAACGCUUUCCGCGUCUACAACAUUUCCUGGGAGCGCACCGUUCACAACGUCUACAACUCGUCCUUACGUAACCGCCUAAUACUGGCCAACUGUGAUAUCAGCAAAGUAGGCGAUGAAGAGUGCGAUCCAGAAUGUAACCACAUGCUUACUGGCUUCGACGCCGGAUACUGUAAGAGGCAGAGCACACACUGCCCCGAAUACAAGCAGGGGAAUGGGGUUUGUGACCCAGAGUGUAACUGGGACAAUUUCUAUUACGAUCAUGGGGACUGCUGCAACCCCAACAUCACUGAUGUCACCAAGACCUGCUUUAAUCCUGCAUCACCCCACAGGGCUUACAUGAACGUGAAGGAGCUGAAAGAGGUUUUGAAUUUGGAUGGAUCUACACACUUGAACAUCUUCUUUGCUAACUCAUCUGAUGAAGACGUGGCUGGCGUGGGCACUUGGCCCUGGGAUAAAGAAGCUUUAACACAUUUAGGUGGGAUUGUAUUAAACCCUUCAUUUUAUGGUACAUUUGGCCACACUCACACCAUGGUCCAUGAGAUUGGCCACAGCCUUGGACUGUACCAUGUCUUCAGGGGAAUCUCAGAAGUGGAGUCCUGUAACGAUGCCUGCUUAGAGACUGAGCCUUCUCUUGAGACAGGAGAUCUGUGUGUAGAUACCAAUCCCACACCCAAGUACAAGUACUGUAGAGAUCCUGAGCCAGGCAAUGACACCUGUGGCAGACGGCAUUUCAUAAACACCCCCUUCAACAAUUACAUGAGCUAUGCUGAUGAUGUCUGCACAGAUUCCUUCACGCUGAACCAGGUGGCCCGAAUGCACUGUUACCUGGAUCUGAUCUACCAGUCUUGGAGACCUGGAAGUAAACCAGCUCCUGUUCCUCUAACUCCUCGAGUUACAGCCCAGGACCAAGACUCUAUUACACUAGAGUGGUUUCCUUCCCUCACCGGCCAUUACUUAGACAGAGAAGUGGGAUCAGUUUGUGACAGAUGUACUGAAGUUGGGGUGCUCCUGCAGUAUGCCUCAAACUCCUCUUCUCCCAGACCCUGCGCUCCCUCUGGCUACUGGAGCCCUCGUGAAGCAGAAGGUCCACCAGACGUAGAGCAGGCCUGUGAAGCGAGUGUCAGCACUUGGAGCCCCAACGCCGGCCUAGACUCAAGUAGUGUUGGCUCAGCAUCUUGCUCACCCCAGGGCUGUAUGCUGCAGCUCGUGUUUGCCUAUCCACUGGUGCCUGACUCCCUCACAGUUUGGGUCACCUUCUUCUCUCCGGAGGAGACUGGACUUCCUGCAGUUCACGACAUCCUUCUGCUGACCCUCAGUGGUAACAACAUCUCGCUGGGUCCACAGUAUGUGUUCUGUGACACACCGUUGACUCUUAAACUAGAUGUGAAGGAGGAGGUGUAUGGGGUGCAGUUCUUCACCAUGGAGCAGCACUUGGAAAUCGACGCCACAUUGCUCGCCUCAAAGCCAGACAAUCCUCUGUGCCGGUCGUGUCAUCCUCUACGCUAUAGACUGAUUCGUCAGCCACCGUUCGCUCAUUCACCACAUGGGCUGAUCCUUCAGGAACCCACUCUGAGAUAUGUGGACAGGGACUUAAAGCCUGAUGAGACGUACACCUACCACGUGCUGACAGUGUCUAGAAGAGCAGAGAGUGAACCAUCUCCUCCUCUCUCUCACCAGCUGGGCUCACCCUACUGUGGAGAUGGACUCAUCCAAAAAUACCUUGGAGAGCAAUGUGAUGACAUGAACUUUGCUAAUGGAGACGGCUGCUCUAACCAGUGCAAGAAGGAGACGUUGUUCAACUGUGUUGAUGAGCCCAGCUUGUGUUACUUCUAUGACGGUGAUGGUGUGUGUGAGGACUUUGAGCGGGAGGCGAGCGUAAGGGACUGUGGUCUCUAUACCCCGAGCGGCUUCCUGGAUCAAUGGGCCACUGCGGUGCAGGUGUCCAAUGAGGAGAAGAUACACUGUCCAGCGGAGGUGGCUGUUGGAUAUCCUGCAGUGACUAAGAGCUGUCAGUCGAAGGUGUUUGACCUGUCACAUGACGUGUCUCAGUACGCUUGGUUUCCUUGUGAGGAGUCUCAGCAGCACAGCUGGACUUCACAAUUUUGGCUGAAGGCCUAUUACGCCCAUCCUAUGGUGGCUGCCGCAGUCAUUAUACAUCUGGCUGCUGACGGAACAGCCGACAUCGACCAGAGACAACACAACAUUACUGUUCAGCUGCUGGACACUAAGGAGCAAACCCACCCUCUCGGGGACUGGAGGCUGAGCUGCCGGAAUAAUCCACUGGUGAUUCCUGUGAGUCAUGACCUGAGUGUGGCCUUCUACCGGACAAAAGCCAUUAUAGUGAGCUUCAGCUCUCCUCUGGUGGCCAUCUCAGGUGUUGGUCUGCGCUCCUUUCAAUAUUUUGACCCCAUCACUAUAAGUGGCUGCCAGAGCAAUGAAAUCUACAACCCCAUGGGCCAAAGUUGUGUUCAUUAUUCGUGUGACGCCACUGAAUGUCAGAAGCCGAAGGUCAGUAAUGCGGAGAUGAAGUGCAAUAGUCCUGGAUACUUCAAUGGAGCUCGCUGUACUAUCACCUGCAACCGAGGAUAUACACUGAAGAUACACCGAGAUGAUGAUAUUAUUAAAACACAGUCUGAAUCCACGGUGACCCUCACCUGCGCAGAUGGGAAAUGGAACAAGCAGGUGACCUGUGAACCUGUGGACUGCGGGCGGCCUGACAAGUACCACGUGCACCCAGCUGUCUUUGAGUUCUCUGAGGGAACCACCUACGGCAAGAAGUGCACUUUUCAAUGCCGGGAGCCGGCUCAGCUUGUGGGCAGUAAUAACGUGCUGACGUGUAUGGAGGAUGGCAUGUGGUCCUUCCCCGAGGCUCUUUGUGAGCUGCGCUGUCCGGUCCCUCCUCCUGUACUCAACGCUGUCCUGCAGACCAAACGCUGCAGUGCCUCAGGCCUCAAAGUUGGGUCUUUCUGCAAGUAUAAGUGCAAGCCUGGCUACCAUGUGCCCCACACAGACAAGCCCAAGAGGUCAGUGCCUGUGAUGUACCACAGGCGUGCAUUUAAGCGGCAGUGUACGGAGGAUGGAACCUGGCAGUCGGGUGAGUGUGUGGCAGUCACAUGUGAGCCACCUCCUCCCAUUUUCCAUGGUACCUACAAGUGCACAAACGGCUUUCAGUUCAACAGCGACUGCUGGAUUGACUGCAACAGGGCUAACCACACGGUGAGACAGCACAGCCGCUGCAAGCAGGGUCCUUCCACCAACGUGAUCCGAUGCAGAAAGGAUGGGAACUGGACCGGUUCUUUCCGUCUUUGCCCCAACCUGACAGGCCAGUGUUCCCUUCCGCAGAAUCUCAGCCCAACUAUCCAUCUCAACUGCAAGGAUGAACAUGGCAUAGGAAAGGAGUGUGAGGUGGCCUGUAGAGAUGCUAGCAGCAGUGUGGCCCUCCUGCCCAGCAACAUGAGCGUUGCAGCAGUGAUGAAAGACCACUGGUGGAACCCACCCAAAGUUAAGAACAUUGUAUGCACCAUGGGACUAAAGUGGUACCCUAACCCAGAGGCCCUCCAUUGCAUAAAGGGAUGCGAACCGUUCAUGGGUGAUAAUUACUGCGACGCCAUCAACAACCGAGCGUUCUGCAACUAUGAUGGAGGAGACUGCUGCCAUUCUACUGUUAAAACCAAAAAGGUGAUUCCAUUCCCUAUGUCAUGUGACAUUCGAGAAGACUGUGCAUGUCGAGACCCCGACGCCCAGGAGAACAACAAAGGAGUCCGCCACAGGUCCAUUGGCUGAGCUUGGUACCCCCUGUGGCACCCAGGGGGCCUGCUGGGAAACCAUUCUUCUCUACAUGCUGCUUAUAAGAGGGCCUUUCCACUCACACCGCACUCCAGCAUGCCCUCGUUUCCUCAUCAAACAGCGACAAUCUAAGAGGGUAUGACACUCAAAAACAAACAACCAACCAAACACAUCAACAACCGGUUUCGCAAAGGACAAGAAGUGGAAGUUUUAUGAAUGACUUAUGGCAAUAGCAACCAUAGAUGUCAUCAAACUAAAGCUCAAACAAGCCUGGGCUGACAGUUUUAUUGUUUUAUGUUUGCUUUCAUUGAUCAUUACUUGUAAAGCGCAACCAUGGCAAUGUUGUUUUUAUGUAGAGCCAGAGGAAUAAGGGAGGAAAGGAAAAAAUGCAGCUGUUAAUGUUUGACUGUAGUCAGAAAAUGGGAUGAUUCCAAUCGAUUCAAAUCAAGACCUCCAAACUAAAGCAAAUAGAUGAAUGAGAGGACCUCUGAUGCUUUCACGAUGCCCCUUAACACCUGACCUCUGAGACUGUCUCGAUGACAGUUUAGCCAUACGCUGUGUCCUCUCAUAUCGAGUGUUCUCUGUGUUCUUAUAUUUAUCAUUUCAGAUAUCAAAGAGGAAAUACCUACAAAUGGACCUUAAUAUCAAAUCCAAAUUUGUGUCACACGAAUGGCUUGCACUCCUCUGAAUGUUUGAGCUGCUCGU